AUUAGAUAUGCCAUUUGUAUUUUCUUGUAUUUUCUUUGAGGUUUUAACCUCAGAGAUUUACACCUUACUCAUGAAAUCAACAGAAGCAACAGCUUAAUCCCAAAUAUCUCAAUAUGUUACAGGAUUUAUGAUAAUUGUGGUUCAAGAUUGUUAUCUAUGAAGGCAGCCAUGGCUUUGAUGAUUGGUAAGGACAUAACAGUAGAUAAUGUCUGCUCUGGUAGUUUUGCUGACAAUGUUGUAAUUGAAUUUUGGCAGACAGUGUUCCCUUGUUUGCAUACAGAGAGAAACAUUCCUCACACUGAAAACAAUUGCAGCAAAUAUGAAGAUAUGAUUCCAUGUAAAAACUGCAAGGAAGAUAUAUCAGAAUUGAGAUAUGCAAAAAAUAUAUACAAUGCAGGUUCUGCUGUGGCACAUUCUCUACACAGCCUGUUGAGAUGCACAGAAAACCAGAAUUGUGAGAAAGACAAAACAAUACAAUCAUGGCAGGUUGGUGAGUUUCUAAAAAAUGUAAAUUGUACCACUGAUGUAGGAGAAGUUUGUUUAGACAGCAAUGGGGCAAUGACUGCAAAGUACAAUGUGGUGAACUGGCAACGAGGGCUCAAUGGAGAAGUGCAGUGUAAGGCAGUGGUCUAUUACAUUGCCUCUCUGCCAAGUGGACAACGGUUUGUCCUAAAUGCUGAAGAUAUAGUCUGGACUGGAGAGAAAAUAGAGAAGUCAAGGUCUGUGUGCAGUGAGAGCUGUCCUCCAGGCACGAGGAAAGCUGCACAGAAAGGAAGGCCUGUCUGCUACUACGACUGUAUACCAUGUGCAGAGGGAGAGAUCAGUAACCAGACAGAUUCAAUUAACUGUGAGCAGUGUCCAGGACAAUAUUGGUCUAAUGCUGACAGAGAUAAAUGUGUGCUAAAGGUCAUAGAGUUUCUGUCAUUUACAGAGAUUAUGGGAAAAAUACUGAUACUUUUUUCUUUGUUUGGAACCGCAUUAACUGUGUUAGUAACUAUUUUAUUUCUAAUAGAAAAAGACAUUCCCAUUGUUAAGGGCAACAUCUCUGAGCUGAACUUCCUGCUGUUGUUCUCCCUGACUCUGUGUUUCCUCUGUUCACUUACUUUCAUUGGUCGGCCCUCUCAGUGGUCCUGUAUGCUGCGACACACGUCGUUUGGGAUCACCUUUGUCCUCUGUAUCUCCUGUGUACUGGGGAAAACAGUAGUUGUGAUAAUGGCCUUCAGGGCUACACUUCCUGGCAGUAAAGGAAAUCACUCAAAGAAACAAGUUAUUCAAAUUUGAAAACAUAAAAGUCAUCAUUUUGGCUGACACAUACACACACACAAUGUUGAAUA